AUGAAUGUCGAGACAUGAUUCAAUGAGCGCGGGUCGUAGCGCGAAUAUUUUGCUGAUUUUCUCGUUGAUUUCGCCCAGAAACAGCUGAUUCUUCCAUUUGAUAGAUAUGUAUAUCACGACAGAGUGAAACACCAUUCACGCUGUCUCAGAAAUGGUGCGAUUGAAGCGUAAGUCUUCAAAACAUGUUGAAGAGGAACCUUCAGCCAAACGAUCCAGACAUGUUGCUGAUACUCGCAGAUCAAACGAGAAAGCUGCGGUGGAGGAAACACUGUUUAAUACUGUGGUGCAAAAAGCUGGGCUUCAACUGAACUCGGGCCUGGUGCAAGAUAUUUUAGAGGUUGAUCGUGCUCUCUUCCAGAAAAAAGUCAGAAAUGGACUUAAAACUCAUGAAAGUUACCCAGAGGUCGUAGACAACUUUCUUGAAGGACUGCAGACAAGGUUGGACGAUGCGGACAGGUUUCUCCUCAGCUUGCUUCCAGUUUCUUUGGCAGAGGACGUUGACGGGUUGGUAGACCUGUAA